UUCAAGAUGGCGGCUUUACAGCAAAGAAAAGUGAAGGAAGGCUUGGAGCUUAUGAAAGAGGCAGAAAAAUAUUUGAAAACAAGUUGGAUAAAAUGGAAACCAGACUAUGACAGUGCUGCAGACAAAUACAUGAAGGCAGGUAAUAGUUUCAAGGCUGGUCGUUCCUAUCCAGAAGCUGAUGAUGCUUUUAGAAGGGCUGCAGAUGCAUAUCAACACACACAUUCAUUAUUUCAUUCAGCUAAAGCACUGGAGCAGGCUGCAUCAGCUCUCAAAGAAAUGAAGAGAAUGAGAGAGGCUGUAGAACUUAUAGAAGAUGCAAGGUAUUGCAUCAUGGAAUCAUGUUAUGCGAUUUUCUCCAUGCAUUGUAUAAUGUAGAUCAUAUAAUCUUUGUUUACUGUCUUUAGAAUGUGUGAGGCAGCAGAACCUGAUAAAGCUAUAGACAUGUUCUUACAGGCUGGUGAUCUCAAUGUGGGUGAAGAUAAGAUCAGAGAGGGCAUUGAACCAAUGACUCAAGCUAUAAGAAUUUUAUUAAAAAGAAAAAGAUAUGAAGAUGUCAUAAGUAAUACAAAAAAGAUGCUUGAUUUAUACCGCGGAUUAGAAAACUUUGUAAUGAUGUACAAGACAACACUUGGUCUCAUAGUUGUUUAUCUUCAUGAGAGUGACUAUGUUGCUGCUGACCAGUGUUUUAAAGACUCUUUCAGUAUUCCAGGGUUUGGGGAUUCAGAUGAAGCUCAGGCAGCAGAGAAAUUGUUGGAAUGUUUUGACGAGGGUGAUGCAGAUGGUAUGAAGGCUUGUACUUCACAACCACUUUUUACAUAUCUGGACAAUGAGAUUGCAAAACUUGCACGUUCUUUAAAAGUUCCUGGAGAUUUACCAGACAAACCAACUCGUUCUGYACCAAAAAAUGAACUAUUUGAUACACCAAAAGUAGAAGUUGAUUUAGACGAAAAUGAACAAGAUGAAGAAAGCAGUGAAGAAACAUCACAAGCAAAACCAGAGGAAGAGGAUGAAUUUGAGGGUGGACUUUGCUGAUCAGGAAGAUAAGCAUCAGUUUUGUAGAUAACAAGGCUUUGGAAAUACCAAAGAAAUAAUUUUUUUUAAAAUGCUUGUUCAAUAUUAAUAAUAAUAUUAAUGUAACAAUUCUAAGCAAGAAUGAACAUUGCUAUCAAUAUUUUAUUAUUUAGUUUAGUUGUGGCAUUCAGUAUUGUUGAAUGUUUUAACAAGAAGUGGCUAAAAGUUGUAAAUGUAAAUCAAUUAAGGAUUUCAUUGAAUCAAUAUCAGUGGGCAAUAAGAAAAAUAUGCAAACAUGUACCACAUGCUCAAGAUCACAGACAUAAUAAUGUUAUUCACUCAGAUAGAAAAUUUAAAAAAAGAUAUAAAACUGUCAAGUGCAAAGACAUCCUGAUACGGUCAUACUCAUUGGUCAGGCCAGUCAAAUCAUCCUAAAAUCUAAUAUGGCCAGUCAAAUAAAAAAUAAUUUGGACUGACAUAAUUUUAGACUGCCCAUUAUUUCCAGCCCUAAUAGCUUAAAGGUUUCAAUAACAUUGUUCUUGACUGACUAGCCUUUUUAUAUUACAUCUAUGGUAUUAUCUUCUUGAUGUACUAAAAUAAUACAAAUAAGAAAUAUAAACGUAAAAUUAAAAAAACAUUUUAUUGAAAAAUGGUAUUGUAGAAAUUGAAUAAACAAAUUGAAAUAUAUUAUAGGAUGUCUUGUCCCUUAUUCUAUUACUGGGCUUCCUGUGUCCUUUACAAGAAACCCAGGUUGCACAUAAACAUGUUAACAUUUUGUGUAUAUGUCAUUGAAACCCCAAUUCAUGCCUUUAAAUUUUGUUUUUAAUAUAUUUAUGUAUGAAAACCUAUUGUUGUCUGAAAGAAUAAAUGAUUCCAGUUUUUA